AUGAACGCAAGUGAUUCUCGACCGCUAUAUUCAAUUUCAGAGGAAAUAACGCCAAUUGAUGAUUACAUUCGCCGUCAUGGAGGCACUUCGUCCAACAUUGAAAGGCUGCCUUCCCGUCUCCAGCUGUCUAAACGGUCGUCUACAAAUUUCCAACAACAAUUAAACAAUCUCACCUAUGAGGUGAGCUACCUCAAGGCCGAGCUGCAAUGGCAUAAGGAAUCCAGACAAGCCCUAUUGGAGUUCAAACAGCAGAUAACUGGGGUAUUUCACAAGAUGGAGGAUAUCUUGGUUAAAACAACUGAGAGACUGGCAGAGGCAGAGCAACACUACCUGGAUCUCUUGGGGCUUGAUGCAGAAGGAAACAUUAGUACUUCGAACAUGAUUUGA